GCCAAACUUACGAUGUUGAGUUGGUGGAGGCGUCUCGUGCAUGUUUUGCGGAGCCUGGUGCGAUCACUUCGGGUGCCAGAAGCAUAGACGCGUGCCUCUGUGCAUGAGUGCGCGCGCGUGUGAGCUGUCGUGCCUGUGGGCGCACGUUUUGGGUAGAAAUGCAAAGAGGACUCGCUGCCAUCGCCCCAAUUGGUGCCAACUCCGGAUCACGCUGUGCGUUGCCUUGGGUUUCGCUGUAGCUACUCGGACCCAAGAUACUGUACAGACCUUCGUAUCUCCUUCACGUUCAGAGUGCAUUUGCGCAGCGAUGGCCGGUGGUGCUGCUGCGUUGGUCAUCCUCCUGGGCCUCGGGCUGGCCUCCGGGCUUCAGGUGCUGGACUCGGAGGACCCCGAGGGGAGCCCGUCUGCGUUCGAGGCCAAGGUGGAGGACCCGAAGCUCUGGACGGCCACGGGGCCCGCCGCGGGCGACCCGAAGCUUCAGGGCCUCUACGGCAAGCGCUUCCAGAUCCACCGCCCAGGCGACUUCAGCCUCCUGAGUGUGCCCAACGCCAAGAAGAAGCACGGCAACCUGUUGGAGAUUGGGGCCGAGGUGAAGGAGAUGGAGAUCGGGGACCCGUGCCUGCUGUUCAUCAAGAAGAUCACGGUUUCGGGCUCGUGGCUGGGCGGGGAGACUUUGAAGGUGCACGCGCCGGGGGUCGGCGCCGACUUCGCCCUGAGGGUGGACGCGAAGAAGCACGAGGGCGCCUGGAGGCCGUUCAAGAACAUGACCGGUUGGGAGGAGGUCCUCCACAAGGACGAGGGCAGCGGCAUGAUCACCAGCGUCAAGGGCGUGAUCGGCAGGCGCGAGGGCCAUGCCGAGGACAUCAAGGGCCCGUUCGAGCACCGCUUCCUGAUCCGCGUGGCCAAGGAGAGCCAGAAGGACAAGAGGUUCACCAUCGACGUCUCGCUGCCCAAGCCUGGGCGCCAGUUCCUGUGCGUCAAGGUGGAGCACGCGAAGGGCCUCGGGAGUGAGUUCAACAAGAACAUCGAGGGUCUCCUCGGCCUCGAGAGCCGCGCCCUCGAGCACCCCGCCCUCGCUGUGCGCGACGAGUGCAAGGACUCGGCCACGCCGACCAAGGCCACCGAGCUGCUGGCCCUGUCCGGCGGCCUCUCCCGCGCCUCCGCGCACUGGGAGUGAGCGCGGCCGAGGGAGCAGUCGGGGGUGGUCCUUGCCAGUGCGUCCAUUUUUGGUGGUAAAAGCUAAUGUGCGGACCUUGCCGCGGCGCCUCGGCCCAGCGCGUGGGUUGGGCUUUGUGGUUGCUUCAGUCCAGCGUCUGUCCUGUUCGCAUUCUCUCAGCAACCUUGCGCGUGUGCA